AUGGCCAUAGCGUCUCUGCCACUCGUUACAGUAGUCACUGCUGGCGCAGUGGCCACGUUGGACUCGUUCCAGGCGUCCCGCCAUUUCGACAAGAGCGUUACCAACAGCAGUAAUGACUGGUCAGGAGGCGUUCCCCGUCAAGCUCAUGUGGCCGCAACAGCAACAGCAGUAGCAGAUGCAGAGGAUCGAGACCUACUCGACCGCGACAGUGACGACGAUUCCGAGAGCUCUGACGCGGACUCUAGCGAUGCGUCAGUUUCAGACUCAAGCACGGCACCUGCAGCGUCCGCCACUCUGAUCGAGUCCAUGAAGGCGGCUUUCAUGCUCGGUAGCGUGCUCAACGCGACGAGCACAAUCACACCCGCUUACAAGAACUGGGUGGGCAAUGCGCUCAACACGUCGUCCUCGGCGGGCUGUUGGCGCAGAGCUCACAUUGCAAAGACGUGUCCACAGGGGUACGAAAGCAAACUCGGAACGUGCUGGAUGCAGUGUCCCUAUUCGUAUCCUGUCGAGUGUGGACUCGAGUGCAUUCGACAAAACGACAGGUGUGCCCUUGCCCUCUUUUCCAAGGUGGCAGUCGUGGUGCAGACCUCCAUUUCGCUCUCGGCGUGGAGUGUGUACGGCAACAUGGCAAAGUGGUCAAAGGGCUUUCGACGCGCUCUCAAGUGCACCAAGUACAUGAUCAGUCUCACCAAGUCGCUGAUCAAGUUUAUAAGGUAUUGGGGAGUGAAGGAUCCACAAACGACGCAUGACAAGGUCCUUCACUUCAUGUACCAGAUUGACAACGUCAUUAUCGACAUACCUGUAGCUGUUGCGUACUGCAUGGGAGGCAAGGUGUCCGAUGACGUCAAGUUUGCCGACAGUGUCCUCACAACGGCCGAGUAUAUGCUGCGCGAAGUCCUCUACUACGGAAGUGAAAUCAUCUCGAAUUGGGAAACCUUUGCGGGGUUCAUGAAGAACAUCACAUUGGGAGACUCCAUCGCCUCUCUGAGCGGCACGGACAUCACGUCCCUCAAGUCUGCACUCAAGUCCAAUGCAUCCUGUGGCUACGACAUGAAGCGUCUGCUGGAUCGGACGUGGAUGACUGUGGCAGAACUGCGUCGCACGAAUCCUGCAAUAUCCGAAGACGACAUUCGAGUGGUCAUGAGUGAGUCGAAUCUCGUACAGAACGACAUUCCUAUCGCGACGAACAACUGUAUGAUUGAGCUGCUUGCAGAAUCCAACGAGACGGAAGCGUACGCGAUACGCGACACUCUGCGCAGAACGUUUGGAGUCAUCGUGGACGACUUGAUCGAGUCGGGAACGAGUAGCAACGGCACUUUUCUCAGUGCUACCGAAUACGCCGUAAUGAUCACAGAUCGAGCUAUCGGGUUCUGGUCAAUUUGGGAUCCCUUUUAUCUGUCAUCGCUGAUGUCUGAGUACUUUGAGCCGGUGUGUAGUCCCACGGACUUCAUUGGGGAGAUCGAUGAUGGCAACGUGACCAUGGCGCUAGGCAUGACCGUUGUCCAAGGCGCUUUUCGACACAGUGAUGGAACAUGGACCAAAGUCGGCGAUGGCUCCAUCACUAUCAAGUUCACGAGCGUCGACACAAAAGAUGUGACGGUCAACAUCAAGUCUGGAGGCGACAAGAUCGACGAAGUUGGUGUGCCAGCAGGUGGGACUGUGACGUGGAAGUCGAAUGUGACUGCACUAGGUGGAAAGACGCUGUACUUGAAUCGCUGGCGUCAGGGCUUUUUAGGCAUCCCCGAUACUGCAGGCGGGUCGCUGAUGUUGUGGAUACCUCGAUCGAGUCAUGGCGGCAGUCUACAACUUACUGCAGUGGUAAACAAGAGCUGA